AUGAUAUAAUAGAUUAAAUAGUAUGAAGUUUUAGAAGAAUUUAUAAACUCUUCACUUUUAUCUCAUUAGGUUCUCCAUAUUAAUCUGACUGACAAUUAAAUUGGCGAUAUGGGUGUAUCAGGCUUAGGUUCUGCUUUAAAAAAUUGCAUUAAUCUCUCAAAUUUGACACUUGACCUUUAGUAAAAUUAAAUUGGCGAGGAAGGUACAUCAUGCUUAGGCUCUGCUUUAACAAAUUGCAAUAAUCUCUCAAAUUUGACACUUAAUCUUGGUGACAAUUAAAUUGGUGAUAGAAGAAUAGAAAAACUCGCACAUAUAAAUGCACUCAGAAUACAUCUUAAAAUUUAUUUUUAUUAUAUUUAUAUAAAUAAUUUUUAUUUAUUUUUAGGUAUUUUCAUAAUUAUUAAUUUUUAAUAAUUCAAUCAAUAUCUGAUUUUUGAAUAUUUAAUAUACACCCUGUUUCCUCUUUUUCUCAUUAAUUCCAGAACAAUUUGGUAAUUUAAUAACCUUUUUCUAAAAGUUUUUUUAAAUUGGUGA